GGAGGCACUCUUAGUGCGUCGGGAUCUCGUCCUAGUUCGAAGACUGGGAGUAUACCUCACACAGAAUCCAUCGAUUCGAGAAUCAAGAGUUCACGAGUUAUGUUUGGCUCCCCUGAGAACUCUAGAAUGCCUGAUGUAUCCGAGCCUCGCUCAACUGAUGCUGGUUAUUUUAGUCCAGAUCUUAGACACCCAGUAGAACAAUCGCUCCAGCCGGCCCAGAGCUCUGAGCGAAAUAUGGAAACCCAGGAAACUCGAUCUGUUUCUUCCCCGGAAGCAGUAAGUCAAAGCCUCAGACAGCUAGUCGAAUCGAGGAUUACCAGUCCAGCGGGUAUGUUCGGUGGCCCUGAAGACCUACAACUGCUCAGUGUUAGAGAGUUUCGCUCACAGAUCGCAGGCUACUUUUCUCGAGACUUCAACGUCCCAGGACCGCAGUUCCCAGAGAAGCCUCAUGAUCAGUGUGAAAAGAUGGACGAUGUCAAAGCUCGAUAUGAAGAUCUUUGGCUUUCAACCAAGUUGUUUUGGGAUCUUAUACUUCGAAUACAGCUAAACAGUGUGACUUCUGAUGUUGAAGUUCUGAGACCUGCAGUUGACCUCGUGCUUGAUGUCGUUGUUGGUCGCAUACUUCCCCAGCUUCGACCGGAGUAUCACCCAGUGCUCGCGGAAAGCCAUCUACAAGCACUCAGUCGCCGUCUUAGUGCUCUGGAACUUCGUCUUCAAACCGAUAUGGGGACGUGUGGCAAGUUACCCAAGAUGCUAUGCGGGUGUAUAAUUCCCAUAAAGCGCCCCAACAACAAGGACAAGCUUUGGACACGUCACUUGACUAUCAGAAAAGACGAAAAGGGACGCUCUGAGGAUCAAGGAUUCAAAUUUCGAGAUUUGACUGGUCUUCUCCGCCUUGUCAACUUUUCUCUCGCAUCUAUUGCUCUCAUGGACGAUGAGAUCAAGAGGUUUAUCCCCAAGAAGGACUAUAACACUGCUGAUGAGCUUAAAGCUGAGUGGAUUUAUGUCCUUUGUCAUGGGAACUUUCGCUCCUCUAUCGUCCUUGCAGUCAUGGGUAUCGUCAGUGAUGCUGUGGCUUUUAGCAAGAAAGAUGGGACUCAAAUACAUCGGGAGGAAUGCGACCUCUGGGCUCCCGAAACGGUACCUGAACCACUCACCACGGCUGCGCGCCUCAGAAAAUUGACAACGUUCCAGGCUGAUCCGAACCGGGGAGUGAGUCCUCUGCACCCUUCAUACUGGAAACGGAACUCUAAGAGUUCGGAGAAUACUUCUCUGAGUCGGGACCGUAAAGUUUGA